UCGAUGGCGACCACCGCGGGGCGGUAGCAAGAGCGGGAACCCUUCAGUGCGUUCACCUGCCCUGACUCCGCUCCACCACGACUUGCCUGAUACUAUUUUCGAGAUCCUGAAUCGAUAAUCAAACGGACCAUAUCGGUGGUUACCAACCAUUGCUUGGUUUGUCGCGAUUGAAGGUUCUGUGCGUGAAGGUGCGAGAGUUGUACGGUGAAUAUAGGUCAGGAUUCACGCUGGAGUGAAGUCUUUAGAGCAAUGAACGGAAAGGAGGAAAGCUUCAAGAGUGCACGUCCACAGAAGAUGAGGACCUCAGCGUAACAGCGGCGGCAUGGAGCAGGCGGGCCCGGGCGGAGGGGCGGCCGCGGGGACCUCGGGGGCGGCAACAGGGGCGUCGGGGGCGGUAACUGGGGCCUCGGGGGCUCCAGCAGGCGAGGGGGCGGCCGCCGGGGGCACCAGCCCUCGCCAGCCGCGCCGCGGACCAGCCCCCUUCGCCUCCUUCGACCACGACGUCUCUGACGAGGUGAGACCUGAUUCGAGCCCCGAGUCGAAGUUGACGUUCCAGUUGCCGGAGAUCCGCGAGGAUCUGUCGCCGUCGAGCGCGUACGGGCCGGGGGCAGUGGGGCGGGCGCGCUCGGCCUCCACCCCGGCCGUGGGCGCGCUGCAGCCCGCGCCGCGCAUCGACAUCUCCCGCGCCUCCUCUUCCUCACACCACGACUCUAGAGAUAGCUCUCCAGAGAUGGCGCUGUUCGCCGGCACCGGCGGCGACGAGUCCCGCGCGCACCUCGAGCUGGCCUUCCGAGAGGACGGAGCUCUAGAUCUGCGCUCGUCGACUGAGGAGCUAGCCUUCCUCGAGGGCAGCGACCCCGCGCCGCCCCCGCCCGCGCGCCCCGCCGCCCCCGCGCCCGACGCGCGCCGCCACUCGCGCAAGGACAGCCAGGGCUCCGAGGCCGCGCUGCUCGGCGUGGGACGCACCUCGCGCCUCAGCUCCGUCGGCUCGCAAUGCUCCGCCUACAGCCACACGUCACGGGUCUCCCGGCUGUCAGUCGUCUCCGGCAUGAGUCGCUCGCCGUCGCCGCAUAAGAUGCUGCUCGAAACCUCCUUCUGUGGACCGAAACCCAUAGAGAACGAUCCGGAAAUCUGUGCGGCGGCUGUGGAGGAGUGCAUGCUAGAGAUUGCUAAGUUAUCGGCGGAGCUGCCUGCCGAGAAACCUCCGCACGAUGUUCGCGCCGAGGUGACAGUCGAGACGCGCCCCGCCCCGCGCCCCGCCACCGCCCCCGCUAUCGUCCCUGUGCCGGUUAUCGCACCCGAAGCACCGAUCAUUGCCGUACAACCCACCACUGACGAAGAUAAACUAGUGAAGGAGACGAGAAAUAGAGCGAGAGCGGAGGAAAGGCGAGCCAGAUCCAGGGAGCGAAGAGACGACUCGUAUGACAAGCCUGAAGUGUUCCGCAGCAAGAACAAAAACAAGAACAUUAUCAGGAUAAAGCUGCGGCCGGAUGAUGAAGACGAUGAGGAGGAGGAGGAAGUGGUUAGUGUUAAAGAAGACACGAGUGUGGCUAUCAAGCCAGUGUCCUUAGAGCUGCGUGCGGAGGGCCGCGGGCGGGAGUCCCGGACGCCGUCGCCAGCGCCGGGGCAGGUAUCGCGAAAGUCAUCUUUCUGCUCUCUAUUCAAGUCGAAGGAGACUAUAGCCAGUCCUGAGUCGCCGGCGGGCGCGCUGCGACGGAAGAAGAGUUUGAACGAGGGUCGCUCGCGCAGCAAGAGCCGGGACCGGUCAGCCACGCGAGGGUCAGUCAUGUCGUUGUUCCGCACACCACGGCGCUCGGCCGCCCCCUCCCCCGCGCCCUCGUCCCGUGCCGCCUCACCCCCCAUCCCCCCUGCAGUGCCCCCGCGCGCUGACGCCGCACACCUCAAGUACUACGAAGAUACUAGCGACGGCGUCAUACACAUCCCUCUCCGCACGCCGCCCGAUGAACAACCCGGAGGUUCUGGCAUUUCUGCUGUGACCACCACUACCACUGCAUCAGUUCCAUCCACCAACGGAGCAAUAACUACCAAGCCCCUCACGCGCACAGUCUUGCCCGAUGGAAGCAUCAUCAUCCCGCUACACUCACCCACGGAGAAGACGGUACCGACCAUAGUAUCGGCGGAUAUCGAGACAGUGCCAACCAAAUCUCCACCUGCUGUGACUUCGGUCACGAUUCCUAUGGCUGAGACGCCGAAGUUGGAGAAGAGGAAAGAAAUAGAAUGUGUAGAAAAAGAGGCGGUAAUCUUAGACUCGACUAGCGACUCUGAAGCGGGGCGGGCGCGGCGAGAGCGACUCGUCUUCACUACACACGUCGGCAGUCGCGACCAGGUGUUCAGCACACAGUUCAGCAUCACGAAAACGCCGAGCGUUACGAGCGAAAUGUCAGCUGCUUUCCCGAGCAUCAGCAGCGAACUAUCCGGAGGGGCGGAGACGCAGAUACUUCGAGACACGCAUAUUGCGACGGUGGAGCCCCCUCCCCGGUCACCCCUGGUCCUGUCUCCGUCGCCUUCAGCCAGCAUCGGCCGGCGCGACCCCAGCCUCGACUCUGUUACCGUUCAGCCGCGAUUAGAAGAGAUGCGAGUAGACUCGUCAGAAUCAGAACCUAGUUCGGAAGCCGGUGGAGGACGGCGUGGACCAAUCAGCGACCUGUUAUCUGCAGGCGGAAGCGAAGAUGCGGAAAAGCGAGGAUUGGUUCUAGGACAGGAAUCCUUUGAGGAGGAACUGCCGUAUGUUCCAACAACUCUUCCUUUAGAGCGAUCAGUGGCGUUACCGAUGGUGCCGGUGCGAGAUCGGGGCGGCGUCAGCGUGGCUCGAGUCGAGCGGCCUCGUCCGUGCGCUCCUACUCCUUCCGGGCCUCCACGUGCUCCCCAUCCUGCAGUAGCCACUCCACCAGCCGAUAAGAUCAAGAUAAGUCUCCCAAGAAGACCUCGAGCGGCAUCAGCCUCAGCCCCUCCAAAGGCUGAGAGAGCGCGAACGCGGAGCGGUAGUGGCGCUGGCUGGAUCGACUUCGAAGAGGUUCCUGAAAAGAGGAAACAGCCGAAGCGUAUCCAGACGCUGCCGGCGGCGGCCACGGCGGCGGACGUGGUCUACAGUUACGUGGAGCCGGAGCACUGCCGCUGCGAGUGCCACGCCACGGCUGUGAGGAGAGAUGAUGAGCAGCCACUACUAAGGGACCCCUCGCAUCCUGAUGCUACGAGUCCGCAGUCACCGGAGUGCAGCGGCUCCCACGUGACCAUGAGUGUGCACAUCGCGAGGCCCUUCACCGCAGACCUGGACUUGCACCAUGAUCAGCCAGUGUUUGAUGCGGAGGCCAGUGGCAGUUCCAGAAGGCACUGACAUUCGCCUCACGACGCCACUAGUUAGACAGCGGAUGCCGUGAAGACCAGAACAUCACACAUCCAACCACUGUAGAUACCUUGUCUAGUCCAACUUCGCUCAUUGUACCUACUAUACCUGAUACUACUUGAAUACCUGAAAAAUUGCGUUAGCGACUGGCUUUGGAGAGUAAACCUGAAUUGUGGGACUAAAUGUUUGUUGUUUUCAGCCAUGCAUUGAUGGUCUCAGUUGUGGGCAAUGAGAGCAUACCUGCAGAUUUAAUAGCAAUAAUGAAGAAGUAAUUCUCAUUGCUCUCUUUACCUCGAUAUUGAGAUGACGAAUACUCUACAAUCUCUACAUGAAUGAGCAUUUGGUCUACAAAGCCAGGAGGGCCACUCUAUACUGACGAAAAACGAACGAAAGAGAGCUGUCGCAAUAAGCGUGUUUAAUACAACGACAAAGAGUCGUGGCUCGCGCAGCAGCGAUGCUAAACUUAGUUUUUUGUCAUAAUAGAGUGACCCCCGGUAACGGCCGAUCCCUGGUAAACGCGACCGUCCUGUCGCAAUAUAAUAAAAUUUAAUAUUUUAUAAUAUCUCUAUUGAUCGGACCGAGAUGUUAUCAUGUUUUGAUAAUAGUAAAUUUACCCCGUUCAUUAAUUAUUGUAAAGUAAAUGAGACGUCGUUUUAUAUUUCUCCUUUUAGCCAUCGUUGAUCUUUGCAUUUUUGAUGUUUAUUGAAUUGUUCGAAGUGUGUGGAGGAUAAAUAAAUAUCACUACGAUGUAAUAUAGUGUUGAGUGAAGGGCCUUGGGCCUUAGCCUUAUGCUGAAUGUUACAAAUAAGUAUAUCCUAUUAAUUAUUAUAUCAUACGACGAAAUCUCCAAAGCUUUCACCUGAGAUGGCUGUAUGAAAGUGAUCCUUAUUGCGUAGUUUUAAAAAACAUUUUUACUUAAUCCUAUUUUUUAAACAAGAUCUUGUUCUAACGAUUUUUCCCAAAUUCUUUUUUUAUUAAGUAUUCUAUGUUGUUGAUACGUGAGUUUUUAAGAGUUAUGUAUACCUAUUUAAUCAAAAACGUUCAUAGUUUUUAAAUGUAGACUUACUUUUCACACGAAAGUUACUUGGUAUAAGCUAGAUUGUAUCUAACUUUGCCUAAAUGUUGAUGAGUUUGAUGAGAAAUUUAAUGUACCUACCUACCGAUAGGUAACAAUAUCCUUCAUAAAAAAGUUAUAGAAAGUAAUUUUCGUGUGACAAGUAUAUUAAUUUUUGAGUGAGUAUAAAAGCUGGAUAGCCACUUGACACAAAACGAAAUGCAUUUAAAACUAUCUUGAUGUUUUCACUAUACCUACUAAAGAUUCGAAGCUCUCUAUACAGGCAAAUCAUCUUAUUUGUACUUAUCUAUUUGUAAUCCAACUAUUUAACACGAAUUUUUGAAUUAUCUUGUUUAACUUAGAAAAUUAAAAUUUAUUAUAGUUUGGCAACGACUUUACGUAGUCAUUUUUUAAGUAUGUUAGCUUAAAAAAUAUGGGAUUGAAUAGAGCUUAGGUACCUGUUGUUUCGGCUACAAAUUAGAUGAUUUACUUUGAUUCGAUUUGUGAAAUCAAAACUAGAAGACUUCACUGCGUUUUAUACCUACGUAUACGUAUGUAUUUUCUUUGUUAAACAGGACAGGGUGGCAUUUUAUCAGUAGUCUAGCAAUAUAAAUGAAAGUCUAUGAGCCCGAUCCAGAUUGAAUUUUUAUGAAUUUCAAUUUGUUUGUCCCCGAGUCUGUCGGGUUCAUCGACUAGCUUCGGUUGGGAGUUGGGACACUGAUAAAUUACCACCCCACCUAUCUGUUUGCAAGUAACUUGACUUUGUACUUGUGAUUUCCUCUUCGUUGUUAUGCAAAAGCUUAUUAGCGAAUAUAUAAUUACUUAUAUUAGUUGACUUUAUGGAUGCAAUAAUAAAAUAUGUAUGUAAAGAUAAAGAAAUUCUAUCAGAUUAGGCAAAAGUCUGAAUUAUACAGAAAUAUAUAAGUUUUUGCUUUCAAGAGAAUCAUUGCAUUUUAUUUCAU